CUUGGCAUAACCUCUCAUUUGGCAGGUUCUAAGACUAUAAAACCACCGAGAUUUCUGUUGAUUAAAGGAAAUCACCCUUGCUUUCUGACCUUCCAAGCCAUUUUCAAGCCAUCCGUUACAGUUCAAACUCAGCCAUACAUUACCUUCCUUCGUUCGAGUACCCGAUCAUCUAGUGCGUGUUGCUUGUGUUUUCCCCUAAUGCACCGACUUGCCCUCUUCGUUUUGGCUAUUGCAGCCUUGGCCACUUCGAGCUUUGCCUGGAGCUUCCCCCGCUCCUUUCCCAUCAUCAGAAGAGAAUCGAUCGAGCCCGGCAGCCCACUGUAUGAGUGUCACGCUAACUGCGGAGGCGUUAUUCUCAUUUCCGAGGACAGCGACUACUGCUCGAACUCGACAUACAAAUCCGAACUGAGCGCUUGUCUCAAGUGCGCCCUGACCUACAACAUCUGGCAAUACUACGGCGACGAGGUGGCAUCUGCAGCGGAGGCCUGCGGUGACAGCGCAACACCCAGCGCAUCCUCUGCCACCGGCGCUGCUGCCACGGCCACGGCCGCCUCGAACUACUCGGCGACCAACACCGGUGUUCGGACUACUAUCACAUCCACGUCCACGGCCACGAGUAGCAGUUCCUCAUCAUCCUCGACGUCUACUUCGGGCGGCACCAUGUAUGGCAUGAGUGGUGUCCUGCUCUUUGCCGCAGCUUUGGUUGGGAUGGGAGCCUUGGCAUAAUUCACUCUCCUCACUCUAUCCAUGGCUGACAGUGCAUGACCUGAAACCAGAGUCAGGAUGUUUGCCCAGAGCACAUGGGAGUGGUACGCGGUAGUAUAAACCAGGCAGUGAAUCCAUCGGAGAAACUGAUGGACUUCCAAACAUCAUGUUAAUUAGACUACAUCUCCAACCAAUCCCAAUCUGAAAACUGCAUGUACCAGGUUUCUGUUGCUA